GUGUGAUAUACUGAGAUGACAGCUUGUGCUCCGUAGAUGUCUUUGGUCUGAACUCCAUGGAGGGGCACAGCCACAAUUCUCCCGUCGCGCGUCAUCAGCCUCGUCAAGCCUCGACCUUGGAUUCUCCGUAACCGCCCAACUCAAACGACUGAGGCACAAUGAACAAUCUGCGCAUUGCUCGACCACAGCAAAGACAAGUUGCCGUCAUGCUGUGAGUUUUCCGUGUCUGCGCUCGAUUACAAGCCGUCCAAGCCGAAGCCAUCAUAUUGUGUUGUACAACAGCAACAACAACAUGCCACCAUUUCCUGGCGAAGAAACGCUGACUACGGUGUACGCCGACGUGCACACGUACUUUGACGCUCCAACCCCUCGACCGUUCCUCCAUCGUUUCGACAAGACCUCGUACUUUUACAUCUACUACAACUCUACGAGACAGACCAGCCGCAUCGAGGUCGCGCUUCAUCCUGGUUCGGCCGACCAGGCCGCCUUCAGUGGCUAUCUCGACAAUGUCCACGUCACAAACGCCCACCAGUUCCCUACCCGGGUGACUCUCGUCGUGGACGCGACGACGGGCCCGACGACGACCGCGUCGCCCGCAUCUGCCCGGUCGUCAUCACGAGAGCCAGAUGAAUGGCGCCUGGCCAGCGCGGAUCCACGAGACCCGGGAACGACAAGGUACAGGAUACACACGAUCGACUUUUAUUUUUGGAAUCAAGAGGACGCGAAAUUGAUCGUGGACAUAUGCAAGAGACUGUUACAACCGCACCAACUGGACGUUGACGAUGAUCAUGACGAGCUCGAGGAAUCGCACGCGCACGCGCACGUACAGGCGCACGAGGUCGAGUCGGAGCUGGAGCCCGAACCCGAACCCGAACCAUACCCUCAUGACAUGGUCAGUUCGGUGGUGCAGAAUCUCGAACAUGUCGCCAUCUCUGAUCCCGCGUACGGCAAGGACAAGAGCCACGAUCCCACCAAGGCGCGAGCCAUGCAGAUGCCACCACCUACUCAACCAGCGACGGCGGCAGCAGCAGCACUUGGUCAAGUUCCCAGCACAGCCCAUGCGGCGGCUGCGGCAGUGGCAGCGACAUCGCCAUCACCUGGUUCCGCGUCGACAAACAUCGAAAGAAACCAUUCGGCACACUCACUAACCCCAGCCUCGGGCACGAAUUUCACUCCUCUCGCGUACAACCCAGCGGCGCCCGCGGCUCCCGAACCCAUUGCGCACCGCGAAGACACUCCCCCUCCGGUCGACGCGGCAAACGGAACUGGUCUGGCGACAGCCGCAAUGCACGACCGCGCCUAUGCCCCGGCCCAUCAUCAACAACAACAACAACAGCCUCAUACUGUUCCCGGAGGUGUCAGUGUCGGUGUCGUGCCAGGAGCAGGACAGCAACCUUACGGUCAUUACGGCUCACCACCACCACCGCCUCCUGGUGCUUGUGUUGUUCCCGGCCAACCGUCCUUUGGUCCACACGCGACGACCACGACGAUGACGACGACGACGCCACCACAACACCAGCACCCAUCGUUCGCAGGAGGAGUCGGAGCACUACCACCACAAUCCAUCUCUUCGGCUCUUCAGACCUCACCGAGGACAUCCGGCUCGACCGGAUUCGGAGGGGGAACAACCGGCCCGUCGAGCGCCACCAGCCCGGACCCGAGCCGCCACCCCAGCGUCGCCGCACAACACUACGUGCCCCACCAGCAGGACCCCAACGCCCACAUCUUUGGCGGUCAACAACAACAGCAACAGGCCGUGCAGAGCCCCGGCGCUCAAUUCUACCAAUCCGUCAACGCCCAACCUCACAAACCCCUCCAGCACAUUCAACCGCAGUACCCAGACUACCUGUCGGCGGGAUCAUCUCCGCCACCACCACCCCCGUCGCAUGCUGCUGCCGCUGCCACCCCUGUGGGUGGAUACGCAAACUACAGUUACGCACAGACCGGCGGUGGACAACCCGGUGGCCUCACACAGCAAGGUGUCGGGACGACGGGGAACCCAUACGACGUCCACGGUCAACUCUACCGACCCACCGAGGACGAGUACCACACCCACCAUCACCAUCAGCGAAAACCGUCACGCGCGUCCGGCUCACAACACAACCAACCGUCCACCGUGGACAGGUUGGAAAAGGGGGUCGGCAAGUUUUUCAAGAGGAUUGAGAAGAAGAUUGGUUGAGUGCGGGCGAGAUUGAACCGGAGCCGAUCGACCAGGUCGACAGAGUGAGAAAGCAAGAGAGUUGGGGAGGUUUUGUCUGGGGAAAGAUUGGAUGAGAUUCAACUACGGACCCCGUCCAGCCGCGGAAACGAUACAACACUGACAUGUGAAUGUGGGAGAGAUAUUCAUGAUGAAAUGAACGACGAACGUGACGAAAUUAACGAUUUGAUGUGUCCGGCACGAUUGGCUUUUAGUCAUUGCAGACUGAAAUGUGGUUGGAAUCUUUCCUAGGUAUACAUCAGGCUACUUACUACUCCUUAGCACUUAGCAAGCGUCGAGUCGAAUUUUGUUUGAUUCAGAAGUCAUGUUUCCGAAUCAGAGCCCUCGUCUAUGGCGGCUAUAAUACUCUCAAUUUACCCUUUGUCUCCAAAUCCAAAACCA